AUUGCAACUAUCUAACGUGAUAUUUUCGUCGUUCUUUUUCCUGUGACAUUGAAAAAAUUAAAAUAAUUCUAUAGCAUUGAGUAAAAUGCUACGAUUUAUGUGCUGAAAAGCGCAUCUAAUUUGAGUUUUUCAAAUAAUGUCAAGAAAAGUUUAUUUUGAUCACGAUAAUCGCGGACCAAGUACAAGUGUUUAUAGACCACCUAUAGCCAUGGGGCGACAAAGAAAAUUCAGAGAUCAUUCUCGAGGAGGCAAGUCUCUUAUGCAUUCUUCAGAUAUUGAUGUUGAAAUGGCUCCACAAUUUUCACCACCAGAACGUCGUUUCAAUCCAUAUGCACCAAGACAUCAAGGUUCUAGGAAAAAAUACAAAAAAGGUGGUAAAGCAAAGUAUAGUAAUCCCCAUAUGCCCAAUAAGCAUGAUAAAGAAGGCUUUUCUUGGUAUAAGAUAACUAUACCGCAUGGCAAGAAGAGUGGGAAAAGUUUUAUCUUAAAAUCUUUACAGAACUUGUGUGAAACUCCAUUUGUUCCAGUAAAUUUUCAGUUCAGUGGGAAUGCUGCUGAAUUUUAUGUAAGUGAUCGUAAUGCUGCUGAGCAGAUUAAGCUGGCAAAUCGUAGGAUUACCACCCCAGAUGGUUUUAAGUUAAUAACAAUGACAGCAAGGUGUUCAGCACCACUUGUUAGCAUUGAUGCAGAAGCUGAAGAAGCCAUAAAGAAUUGUAUGAGUUCUCGAUAUGAUGCUAUGACACACAAUUUAAAUUUAGCUAAGUUCCAUAAUGAUCCUAAUAUGAAAUCGUUGGGGUUGUAUGUACCUUUAAAUAAACCUUCUGUUCUUAAUACUAUUGUCAAGAUAAUCAAAGAACAUAUACCAGAAAUUGAAGCAUUGGAUCUAACAGAUAAUAAACUGUAUUCAUUAGAUCCAUUUAAUUCAUUAGUGUCAACUUGUAAACAACUGAAGAGCAUCAUUCUGAAAAACAACAAGCUGCGAUCUGUUUCAGAAUUAAAUUACUUGAAGGGAUUGGAGAUAACAGAUUUAAUUCUAGAUGGUAAUCCUUUAUGUGAUGAUUUCAAGGAUAAAACUUCAUAUAUCAGUGCUGUUCGAGAUCGAUUUCCAAAGCUGCUUAAUUUGGACGGUCAUAGUUUACCUGCUCCUAUUGGAUUUGAUUUGGGGCCUGAAACCUUUCCAGUGUCAAAAAAAAGCUUUUUUGCUGCAGAUGAUGUUAAAGACUUAGUGAUACAGUUUCUUGAUCAAUAUUACACAAUAUAUGACUCUGGGGAUCGUUCCAAAUUACUUGAUGCUUAUCAUGAUCAGGCUAAUUUCUCACUUUGUUUAUCAAGGCAUUCUCACAAUUCUAGGAGCAAUGGUGGUAGCCUGGCAUCAUACAAUCUGGAUAAUAGAAAUCUUCUGAAAGUAGUAGAUUAUUCUGAAAGAUUUAAACUGUUAAAGCAAGGAAAGUUAGCAAUUGUUACUACUCUUUCUCAGCUACCACAAACAAUGCAUGAUCCUACCUCAUUCAGUGUAGAUAUUUUUCAUAUCUCGCCUGGCCUUAUGUGUUUUUCAGUUAUUGGUGUUUUUAAAGAAGUUGGUGCUGAUAUUAAUAACGCUACUUUGAAAACAUUUAGCCGAACAUAUGUUGUUGUUGCUACCCCUGGCCAUGGGUUUGUAAUUACAAAUGAAACAUUGUUUAUUGCUCACGCUAGUCAAGAGCAGCAAGCAAAGGCUUUUAAAGUACCUGCUCCUACACCAUCACCAAGUCCUGCGCCACCAUCUACUGAAGAAAAGAGUGCUAAUGAAAAGCAGAUGCUUGUAAUUGAGUUAUCAAAACAAACAGGAAUGAAUGUUGACUUUUCUACCAAAUGUCUUGAAGAAAAUGACUGGGACUAUCAAAGAUCUUUUGCUGUGUUUUUAAAAUUUCAGAGUGAAGGGAAAUUGCCACCUGAAGCUUUCAUUAAUAUGUAAUACUCAUUCUUUUCAUCAUACAUUUAAAAAAAAAAACAUUACUGCUGGUGAUAAAAGGAUUUUUAUACAUAGAAUGACUAAAUCGGGAUUCAUUUCUCAAGUUAGAAGCACUACAGUUUAUUGCAUUUUUUUCCACAGCAUUAUUUGAUAUUUUUUAUGAAACUAUUUAUGCAAGACUUUGGAGCUUUGUCUUUUUCCAUAUUUCUCAAUAACUGUAAAGACAUCUAAGUUUGAUGCACUGAUCUAGUUUUUUUAAUUUUAUAUUAGAGACGUUUCUGUUAAUGAAUUUCUGUAUUAUCAUUAUAUGUUCAAACUGUAAUAUUGUAAAAGUAUAUGUUAAAUGCAACUUUUUUUCCCCAUGUCCCCCCCUUCUUUUUUUAAAAAAAAAUAUUAAUAUGCACAUAUGUAGAAUGUAUAAAGCAAAAAAAAAAAAAAAAUGAAUAUUUUUUUUAUAUAAUUUAAUGUUGUUUUUUUUUUUUUUUACAAUAGUUUUAGAGGCUUAAUUUUUUUUAUGAAAUAUGAAAAUAUUUGAAUUCUUUUUACAUUGAAAUAGCUAUUAAAUAAAUAAAAAAUGCAUCCUAUAAACUCCAUUAAAAAUAUUCUAAAUUAAUUACUUUCUUUCUUUUUUUUUACUUUCAGUAUUCAAAAUUUUGUAUAUUAUCAAUUGGUUUUAGUAGAGGAUAAUGUAAAGAGAAUUCAAAUAUUUAUAUAUUUUUUUAAAAAAAAGUUUUAUACAUUAAAAUUUCUCUUCACUAAAUAGGAAAAGUAAAUGGAAAUCUUAUGGUACUUUAGAGCUUUCAGAAGUAUGCCUUAUUUUAUCAUGCUAUAUUGAGAAAGAAAAUAUAGGGAAAUAUUAAAAAACUAGGACAGGCUCUGACGUGAAUUGUUGGAGUCUGGAAUUUUAAAUUUUUUAAUCUUUUUUAAUUUUGAAAUAUGGAGUUUUAAAAAUUAUUCAUUAAUACUAUUGAAGAAGAGUGAAAUAAUAAAGUUCGAUAGAACCUACUUUUUAUUGCUGGUUUGCAUUAUUAUGAAGUUGCAAUUAUUUUUGUUAUUUAUUCAAAAAUGAUUCAUCAAAGAAAUUAAAUGUAUGUAUAUAUAUAUUUUUUUAACAAAAAUCUUUUAUUUAAAACACUUUUCAUAAAACAAAUACAAGGGAAAUAUCAGCAUGUUAUAAGCCUUUGAUUUGUAAUUUUUCUUAAUCUGAAUAUGCAUUUCGAUUUUUAUAUAAUUUUAAUUUAAUUUAUUAAUGUUUUCAAUAUUUUUAUUUUUUCAAUAUCAUUUACAUUAAACAUUUAUUGAUUGCAACAAAGAGCAUUCAUUUUUAAGAAUAUUAUUAGAAGUAUUGCUUAACAGUUAUUUUGUAAUAUCAUUAAAGGAUUAAAAGUUGGUGUUUUAAUUACUCAUUUUUUUAAUGACAGUUAUCAACUGGCAUUUAAAAAAAUUGUAUUUUAAUUAAUUCAGUUUGUUUACUAUAUAAAUAUUUAUAUUGUUUUGUUUAAAUAAUAUAUUACAAUGAUUUUUUUAAUACUUCGUUAUGUCAUAUCCUUGAAAAAAUGUAGUGUAUGUGUGCUGUCAUUUUGUUAACUUCAAUAUGCAAAUGCUUAUUUGCAUAUUGAACUUUUACUUUAUUAAAUUGUUACCAAAAAGUUAAAAAUCUUAGGCGACCAUCAAGUUAAACUGCUAUUAAAAUAUCGAUUUCUGUUUUCUAACAAAUUACAUUGGUUGGAAGAAAGGAGAAAAAACACAGUUCUGCAUGAUUAGCUUAUUUUGUGUUGAUGAAAAGCAAUUUAUUGCUUUCUGUCUUGUUUGUUUGUGAAGCAAGAAGAAAAAGAAGAUACAAAGAAAGCAUUCCAUUUUCUAUGUUCUAGACUUUACUUUAAAACCACAUUGUUGGUCAUUGAAGCCAACUCAUACCAUCAUGUAAAUAAUUUUUUAUAUGUAAUUAAUUAAUUUGGUAUAUAUUGCAGUCAGACUGAUGAUCCAUUAACUAUUAAUGAAAUAUUUAAUGAGUUUAAAAAUAUUGAGUGUGAGAAUAUUAGAAGAUAAUUGAACUGUUACUUAAAAAAAAUUAUUUUAAUUUUUAAAAUUUAUAGUUGGUUUUAACUUUUGAUAAAAGGAAAAUUAUAAUAAAGACAUUGGAGACUUAAGAGAUGUUAACUGUGGCCAUCUUAACUCUGGUUUUUCAAAAUGCUGAAAUGAAGAGACCAUGCUUUUUGUAUUUCUUCGUGGGCAAUGACUUGAAGAACUUGUCUGAUGGGAAGAAUGUCAUUUACAGGAUAGAAGAAGGAUCUAUAGCCAGUGGUGGAAGUUAUUACUUCCUAUUUCCUGGCAUGGAGUUAUACAUCUAUUUGCAAGAUUCAGUUAUAAUUUAAAGAUUACAUUAGCCAGAGUGAGUCCAAGAUCUAUGGUGACGUCUUUUGUCUCCUAAUGUCCAGUAAAAACAACAUGGUUUAAAACAUUUUUUUUUUUUUUUUUUUUUUUUUUUUUUGUAACUUAGUGAUUGCUCAAUUGUCUUCUGAUGUUUGAAUUGAUAGUUGAUGCUUUGGUGCAUGCAACUGUAUGCAUGUAAAGCUGUAUGUGAUUUGAAUGAUUUUAAUUUUUUAAAAAUAUUCAUGUUAAAUAACUUUUGGAUUUGAUUUUUUUUAAUAUCAUUUUCACUUUUUGAAAAUGCUUUCCUUUUAUUAUAAUAGUAAUUAAAUUGUAUAAUCUUUAAAAAAAAUCAUACUUGAUCAUCUCCUAUAGUCAAUGACUGCUUCUUACAAUUAAAAAUUAGUUUGAAUGAGAAAACUGAUUCUACAUUUUUACAGUUUGUACAAUAGCAUUUUUUUUUCAUUGUUUAUUACGAUAUAUUUUUAUUUAUUUAUUUAUUUAAAUGGACUUUAUUUAAAUAGAUGUAUGUGUAAAAAGAUAAAGCCAAUAUAACUGUUUACAAAAUUAUGACUCUUAAUCAUUGGUGUAUAAAGAAGUAUUUGUUGCAUACAUGCGUUGAUAUGGUCUUUUGAUGAAAUUAAAAGAAAUUGAUUUAUGUAUUAUAUUGUUAUGCUGGGCUAAUUUUACUACUGCUGAUAUUUCUCUUGAUAAUACUGAAAGCUCUAAACGAAAAUAAGAAUUCCAUUUAUGUAUUCCUUCCCCUCCCUUUUUUAUUUCCCCCCCCCCCCCCCCACUUAAAAGUAGGAGUUUUAAAGAUCAGUGUUUUAAUGAAUGAGUAUUUAUAUAAUUACCAAGCAAACAUUUAUUGUGCAUUACUGACUUAUGUGCAUAAAAAUAUAAGAAUGGUGGCAUAUACCAAUAUGUAAUGUGAUUUAUUGUUGUGAAUACUUUAUUUGAAUGUAAAUAUUUUGUAAAAAUAAAUGUUAAAAGUUCCAGAUCAUUUUGAAAAGGUUGUGUAAAUAUAUUAAAUUCAUCCAAAGCAUUGUAGAUGCUUUCGACUAUUUUUUA